GCAGCACGCAGGAGGUAGCUAGGCACUGGUGGUAGCAAUGGCCGCCUCCGAUCACCAUGCCGUGAGCAGGCCCGCGACGCCGCUGGUGUUCGACGAGGUCAGGUGGGUGGUCCAGAUCCGGCAAUCCCUCCAGGAGGACGGCGCAGGUGACGACGACGACAAUGGCAUCCCGGUGUCCGUGUUCAACGUGCCCAAGCAGCUGCAGGUGCACAAGCCGGAGGCCUACACUCCUCAGCUCAUCGCGCUCGGCCCGUACCACCACUGGCGACCCGAGCUAUACGAGAUGGAGCGCUACAAGCUCGCCACGGCGCGGCGCGCGCAGAAGCGGCUCCGCGCCGGCCUUAAGCUCGACGGCCUCGUCGAGCAGUUUGCGCGCCUCGAGCGCAAGGUCCGCGCAUACUACCACCGGUACCUUGACUUCAGCGGCGAGACGCUGGCGUGGAUGAUGCUCGUCGACGGCGCAUUCCUGCUCGAGUUCUUGCAGAUUUACGCCGUCGCCGCCGACGAGGGGGACGGCAGGGUGCUGCGGAGGGUGUCGUCGAGGAUGGCGCACCUCGUCGACUUUGCCGGGAGGAAGUCGGCGCACUACCUCAUCCUCCGGGACAUGCUCAUGCUCGAGAACCAGAUCCCUCUGUUCCUCCUCCGCAAGAUCCUUGAGCCGCAGUGCGCGUCCGCCGACGAGGCUGGCGAGCUGCUCGCGAGGAUGGUCACCGGGCUCAUGAAGGAGCUCUGCCCGUUCAAGAUGAUGGACAACUUCCCGGUGGUUGACGUCGGCAAGCACUCGCACCUGCUCGAGCUGCUCUACUACCUGCUCGUGCCGAAGCCGGCCGAGAACCCCGAGACGGAGGCCGACGCCUACGGCGGCGGCCACGACGAGAGCUACGACAUCGAGGAGCAGCCGGCGGAAGGUGGAAGCGUGGAGGUGCAGAAGCCGGCCGCCGGAUGCGAGUACGUGAAUCAGCUGCUCGUCGCCGUGUGGGGCAUCGUGUCGGGGCUCAAGACCGGGCCGAUGCGCUACGUGACUAGGCCCAUCGCGUUCGCUGUCAAGGCGCCGUGGAAGAUGCUCACCGUUGUGCCGGGCCUCUCGGCGAUGAAGAACCCCGUCGAGUCCUUCUUCAUGUCCGGCGCCGACGGGAGCACCAACCCCCGCGACCCGUCCAGCAUGGGGUACCUGACCCGGCCGCCACUGAUCGAGGAGAUCAUGGUCCCCUCGGUGUCCGAGCUGGCCACCGUCGGCGUCAAGUUCUCCCCGACCGCCGGCGACCUGUCCACCAUCGCCUUCGACGCCAAGACGGUGACCUUCCACCUCCCCGUGGCGACCCUGGACUCCAACACUGAGGUCGUGCUCCGGAACCUGGUCGCUUACGAGGCAUCGGCGGCGUCGGGCCCGUUGGUGCUGGCCCGGUACACGGAGCUGAUGAACGGCAUCAUCGACACCGACGAGGACGUGGCGCUGCUGCGGCAGCGCGGGGUGGUGCUGAACCGGAUGAAGAGCGACGGCGAAGCGGCGAAGCUGUGGAACGGGAUGACGCGGUCGGUGCGGCUCACCAAGGUGGCGUUCGUGGACAGGGCGGUGGAGGAGGUGAACCGCUACUACAACUCGCGGUGGCGCGUCAAGACGAAGCGGUUCAUGCGCAAGUACGUGUUCAGCUCGUGGCAGCUGCUCACCUUCCUCGCCGCCAUCAUGAUGCUGCUGCUCACCACGAUGCAGGCGUUCUGCUCCGUCUACACCUGCUCGCGGUGGUUCGGCGCCGUCACCGUCGCCACGGCGGAGUAAUUAAUUUGCUCGCCUUUCUUGAUCGGGCUACGUACGCGACAUGGUUUGCAUGGGUUUCGUUUGGCUGCAAAUAGCCAGGUACAGUUUUUGGAUUAUACGGUUUGGGCAAUUUUGUUGUUGUUGUUGUUCUGAAUUUCUGAUGUGUAAGUUGAUUGGUUGCUUGUGACUUGUGAGAUUAUACUUGCACAUACGUACUAUUGGUUUGGCAUGAAUCAUUAUGAUGAUUUUGCUAUGGUAAACAUCUGUAACAUGUGUCAUUGUGGUGGUUUU